AACAACUAGGCUAUGUCAGUUCGGUUAUGUUCACAGCAUUUUCCAAUAUAAAGAUGUUGAUGAUUUUAUGCGUCGGCGUAUUUACUGGUUGUUAUUGUGUGAUAAGGAAUUCAGGUUUCAACGUUCCUUUGAGUUUUUGGUGAUUCAUAAGUAUUGCUCUGUGAUGUGAAUGGAUGAACGUUAGAUGGGAGAUUUCCAUUGCUGUAAUGAAGAAAUACUUGAAAGUGUAUAUACUAUGUCAUAAUAAUAAUGCAGAACUCUGGCCAGAAGAGGCCAAGUACGGACUCCAAGUCGGAAGCACGUUCGAUUGGCAGUGUGUGUGAAGUGACUCUUGCCCCGCUACCAGAUACUGGCUUGAACUUUAAUGUAGAUGGCGGUUCUGACAACGGUCAGUUCGCGUAUGUGACCAAUGUGAAUGAAGCCAAAGUAGAAUAUCUGUGUGGGAAACUGAAUGAGGGUGACAUUUUACUCAACAUCCAAGGACAAAAUGUGGCUGGAUACACUAGAAAAGAUACGGUUGCAUGGCUUAACCAUUGCUGCAGAAGUGGCAAUCCAGUUAGUUUGAAAACAGCGCCAGCCGGUUUUCUCACUAGGGAUUUGUGCCAGUUCUUGAAUUCUCGCUUCCUCAAAGGCUCUGUGGAUCAUGAUCUGCAGAAUACAAUCAGAGAUAAUCUCUAUCUACGAACAGUGCCCGUAACUACAAGAGAACCUCGAGAGGGUGAAGUUAAUGGUGUCGAUUAUACAUUCUUGACACUAGAACAGUUUCAGCAGCUUGUCGCCAGUGGAAGUCUACUCGAAAGUGGAAUUUAUGAAGGAAACCACUAUGGAACACCGAGACCUUCCAAGGAGCCGCAUGGUACUGCAUUGCAAAGUCAGAAUGAUGGCUCAAAUUUAAGUUUGCUGCCUGGAGCGCAUCCUAGCUCCGAGGGAAAACGUCGUCGAAAUCGGUCGAACGUGGAGGCCAUGGCUUCAAAAAGCGUUGAUGUCAUCAAUAACAAAGACGAAAUUCCUCAAGAUAUCGACAAACCAGCUCCUCCCAACUAUUACUUGACCGGUGAUUCUCACUCCAACUGCUCUGACCCUUUACAAUUGGAUUUGGGACCGCUUCCACCAAAGUGGGAGAAAGCCUAUACUGAUAAAGGCGAAGUUUACUUUAUUGAUCAUAACUCGAGUACGUCCCAUUGGCUGGAUCCAAGACUCUCCAAGUUUCAAAAGAAAUCGCUGGAAGAUUGCUCGGACGACGAGCUCCCGUAUGGUUGGGAAAGAAUAGAUGAUCCAUUGUAUGGGACAUACUACAUUGAUCACGUCAAUAGGCAGACACAAUACGAGAAUCCAGUAAUCCAAGCGAAAAACGCCAGAGGAAAUGGUGCUGGCUCGAGUGAAGCUGAUGAUUUAGAGAACAAUACAUUUCGUAAAAUGAGUGAGAUGAACGAAAUCGAUAAUCACACUCUGCAGUCAUCCAAUGACAGUGCUUCAAACCUUGCAAUGAGGCCUAGGCAUUCUAAUGAUUUAAAUGAUCGAGAGUCAAGUUUAUUCACGCUGAAUCCGAAUGAAUUGAUUGGCGAGAGGAUUCAUUCAACAUUAGUGAAGUCGAUGAGAGGCCUAGGAUUCACGAUUGUUGGAGGUGAUGAUUCAAAAGAGGAGUUUCUCCAAAUUAAAUCGGUGGUACCGAAUGGUCCAGCUUGGCUAGAAGGCAAACUGCAAACAGGUGAUGUCUUAGUUUAUGUGAAUGACAAAUGUGUGCUGGGUUACACGCAUCAUGACAUGGUCACUGUUUUUCAAAAUAUUUCACCGGGGGAAACCGUGAAGCUAGAAGUGUGUCGGGGUUAUCCCUUGCCUUUCGAUCCAAAUGAUCCUAAUACUGAAGUUGUGACAACAGUAGCGGUUGGAGCACCAGACUGUGAAUCGAUUGAUGGUCAAUUAUACAUGGAUCAAGAGAUGUACCUGAAGAACAACAAGUUCCUUGACAUAUCUGGAGCAGAUAUAACAAAUCACUCGGUUAAAUCGCUGCCAGAUUUGUACGAUGGUGGAGGCGGGGGUGGGGGUGAUAGACCCGCAAGCACUGAUCUCAUCCUUGAUUGUCACCCUCAAUUUCUUACCAUGUCCAUUGUUAAAGGUGCUAUGGGAUUUGGUUUCACUAUAGCUGAUAGCGCGUAUGGACAGAAGGUUAAAAAAAUCCUAGAUAGACAAAGGUGUAAAACAUUGAUGGAAGGUGAUAUACUCGUAGAAAUAAACAAUAUUAACGUAAGAAACAUGUGUCACAGUGAAGUGGUUCAAGUGUUGAAAGACUGUACGAGGAACGAGGAGGCGACAAUAUCGGUGCAACGUGGCGGGCUGCGACCGCUCAAGAAAGAAGACGCGAAAUUCAGGAGCAAAACGCCCACAACCGAACUGUACGGUACUAGGCCCAAGGAAGUGAUCGCGGGACGACCGAAAACGCCUCUUGUGGACACGCGUAAUCGUGUCAAAACGCCCAUUCAAGAUGGCUUGGAUGGAAGCGGCAUGGUGGACAGUUGGAACUAUCAACUCGACCUGCCUUCCGAACAAGCUUACACUCUGGAUGGACACUUGGCCGCUGUUACUUAUUAUCCCGUCAAGAAAAAAGAGACUACCAGUUUUGAGCAUGAACAGCCUCAUUCAAGUGUUGAUACCAGGUAUCCAUAUCUACGAGGACGAGUCAACCCCAAUGUUGAUUAUGCCGAAUCCGUUGUUACCCUUCUCCGGCAAGAAACUGGUUUUGGAUUCCGUAUAGUUGGUGGAACUGAAGAGGGCUCGCAGGUGUCGAUUGGACACAUAGAUUCGGGUGGCGCGGCUGAUUUGGACGGUCGGUUGUGCACUGGAGACGAGAUUGUGACAGUUGACUCACAGUCUGUCAUCAACACAUCUCAUCACCACGUGGUGCAGCUGAUGGGCAAAGCAGCGGUGCACGGAAGGGUUACUCUCGGAAUUCGCAGACGGAUACCAGUGCAAGAUAUAACGAAUUUUAUGCAGUCAGAUAUAGGAUACCCGUAUGAUGUAACAGUCAAAAGAAGAGAAAAUGAAGGCUUUGGUUUUGUUAUCAUCUCAUCGUUGAAUAAAGCAGGAUCAACCAUAGGCCGUAUAAUUGAAGGCAGUCCGGCUGAACGAUGUGGUCAACUACGAUUAGGGGAUCAUAUCUUAGCUGUCAAUCAUAUUGACAUCAUGAAUCUUUCUCAUGGUGAUAUUGUCAAUCUAAUUAAGGACUCUGGCUAUUCUGUAACUUUAACGAUCGGCCCUCCACUUGAUGAUACUUCGAGCACUGCCUCAAUAACUGCUUCACAUCGGGAGGAAGAAAACAUUAGCGAAGGUGUUGGAGAACGUGAAGAAGAACAAUAUCAUGCAGUGGAAUUGAACAGGGGUAACCGUGGUUUUGGCUUCAGCAUAAGGGGAGGUCGAGAAUUCCAGAAUAUGGCAUUAUUCGUGUUGCAAAUUGCAGAGAACGGGCCAGCUGCUCUGGAUGGAAGGCUCAAGAUUGGUGACCAAAUAAUUGAAAUAAAUGGAAUAAAUACUAAAAAUAUGACGCAUUCCGAAGCUAUUGAAAUUAUUCGAAAUGGGGGACCUGUAGUCAGGCUACUGGUCAAACGAGGAGGUCGAAUACCUCUAUUACUUCCUGGUGUGCCAGAACCAAAUAAUAUGAUACAGUCUUCAAGUGUGGUGUGUAUGAAUGGACCUAUGCCUGGUACAAACGGCGGUUCGUAUUGGGAAAACCAUUAUCCCUCCAGCUGACAGUCCUAGGAGUAGCUUAGUUAUGUCCUAAAGUAACCAAAGUAUUCUGACCCAGAAAAUUUAUUAGAUUCAAGAAUGUUAUUUGUAAAUAUAUUCUCGUUUGGCUGAAUUUGAAUAUUUUCGCCUCUUAUGUACCUUAUCUUCAUCAAAGUUAGUAUUCUAUUCUUAAUCGAAGGAGAAUCAAUAUCACAUUGUUUUACUUGUAAAGUGGUCAUUUGUAUUAGUGUUUAUCGAAUUGUAGUUGAAAGGACUGGUAUAACAGUGUUCGCUCGGCAAUUACAUUUUUUAAUUUUGCUAUGUACAUAUUCGUUUCAAUCUACAUUAUUUAAAAGUCGUUUGCUCUGAAGAAUAAUAUUGUUGUAAUCAUUGCUGUGUCAUCAACAUAAUUUAAGCUUUAAAUAAAUUUUAAUCUAUUGAUGUACAAUUUGUAUUAAAUUAGUGUUCAUGUAUAAACACACACAUACACACAAGACAAACACACCCACACAAAUAUUAUAUAAAUAUAUACAGAGUGUUCCAGGAGGAUAGUACAAGAUAAGCAAUGAUAUGUUAUGCAGCUCCUAGUAAUUUUGUGGAAAAGAAGAUGAAUAUAUUUGAAUUCAUCAAUAAAUUUAUUGACUUACUUCAAUAUUACUCAAAAUAAUUGUUCUAAUAUGAAUUUUUAUGAUUCAAUCUGCAGUUAGAUGAUUAGUGCGUAGAACAUUGAUAAGUCGAUUUAUUUCAGUGUUGAUCUUUUCUGUGUAUCUUAUUCGAUAGUACUAUCUUUCAAGAUUCAUGCUAAAAUUUAAUCAGUAGUUACACGUACGAUGUUUAUAAUAUAUGUUCUAAUUCAUUGUACACAAUUUAUUAUGAGUUCAAAUCUCAUUACAGGCCCAACAGAAUACGAGAUGUAUAAGUAGGUUCGUAGUUGGGAGUUAUCUUCAUGUUGUUUUGUUUAGUGACUUUAUAUUUCCGAGUUGGGACCCUUCUAUCUUGUAACUAUGGUUUUGUAUAUCUGUGCCUCCUGCAUCACUCUGUAUUCAUAGACACAAUAGAACGUCUUUUAGCUUUAUUUAUUUAGCAGAUUAGCACUUUGUUCCGUAUAUGUUGUUGAAUAAGAGUGUUAUAAAGUUUAUCUGCUGUUGAUUGAAUUCGAUUUAAAAACUAUUAAAUCUCAUAAAUUUCCAAGUAUUUAAAGAUUUAAAAUGUUACCGAUGAUAAAAGUUAUUUAUAAGUGAUUAAUUUGAUAUUUUGUAUAGCUUUUUAUUGCUCUGUUGAUAAGAUAUGUACUGCUUCAUUUGUACAUCAGAACUGAAUAUGUUUAAUAAUGCUCAUAUUUUGUAUAAUGUGCAAUGCAUAUAACUGGGCAGUUUUCUGAAUAAUUAUUAUCUUUGAAAUAUGUAUA